AUGUGUAUGAACACUUCAUUCGCCAAAUUUCUGGACACUCCACAAUUCCUAUCAACAACUAUGUAUACAAUUACAAUAAUUGGUCUUCCCGUUCACAUAUUCGGCGGAUUAUGUGUAGUUUUUAAGACACCGACUCAAAUGUGUAAUAUGAAAUGGCCAAUGUUAACCUUAUUACUAUGGAGUGCUUCUUUAGAUUUAAGCUUUGGGUUUUUAGUUAUUCCAUUUAUGUAUCAACCUGUUCUAGCUGGGUAUUCUCUUGGAAUUUUAAAUGGUUUCGGUGUUCCUUUAAGGGUUAUGUACUACAUUUGUGUCGUGCAAAUUGCAGGAGUCACCGUAUCCGUGUGCGCCCUUUUCGAGACCCGCUUCUUCAUUCUCUACGCCAAACAAAGCUGCUGGAAGCACCUACGUCGGCCCUGGCUGAUCCUCAACUACACAAUCUGCGUUGUUUACAUGAUUCCUACUUAUCUAUCAAUUCCUGAUCAGAAAACUGGAAAAGCCUAUCAAUUCUCGAAAUAUCCAUGUCUUCCCCAAGAGGUUUACGAUGAGAAAGUGUUUUUAUUGACUACCUGGAGCACUGGUUACGCGUAUAAUAUGAGCCUGAACACCGCUGUACAACAAACGCUGAUUUUUGUGUUUUUGAUUUAUUGGAAUAUGCGAAAGUCGAUGGUCGAGGUGAAAAUGUCAAAAAGGACAUUGGAUAUGCAUAGGACUUUUUUGAAGACUAUAAUAUUGCAGGUAACAAUCCCCCUUAUCACAGUGAUGGGUCCGCUGAUGCUCAAUUUCUUCACAAUUUACAAUUCCUACUACAAUCAGGGAGCCAAUAAUCUAUCAAUUUCCAUGAUGGCCACCCAUGGAUUAGUGUCUUCACUUGCAAUGAUCUACCUCCAUAAGUCUUAUUGGGCGACACUUUUGCAGAUUUUGUCACCCAAGUUCAUAUUUGAAGAUCGAGAGACAAUGAUGUUCUCGAGGGUUCAUCAGCAUCCUCAGCAGUUUUCAUAAAGUUUUUAAAGAACUUAA